UUGUUUAUUUAUUUGUAGUUUAAUUAAAUUGUAUCAUAAUAGUUUAUUUAAUAACAAUUAUCAAAUGAUGGCAUUUUCACAAUCUUUUGAGUUUGGCGACAGUACGUUCAUGAAACUGGAAAACGAUUUAAAAGCAAAACAAGAAGCAAAUGCCUUGGAAAUUAUCCAAGAAUCGCCGCCAAAAUUUCAAACAAAAUCUCAGCGUAUUUACACUCAGUCCAACACAAACAGAUCGAAUGCAUCCCAGCGCCAGCAAUUCCGACGCAGCAAAUCCGAUUCCAAGUUGGGACGAAGCACGGCAAUUAACUCGCAGUUCUUCAAGGACGAUUUUUCGUAUGAUAAAAAAAACCAGGAAGAAGCGGUUUCUCCGUGUGAGUCCCUGAUGCGUGUCUCACAAAUCCAGGCGAAUUUGGAUGCGGGUACUGAAGUGCUUGAAGGCAGCUACGAGAAUCUCAACACGACGUCCGUUUUUGAGGCACAAAUCUGCACUGAAGAUGUCUUCGGCACGGAAACGGAAACCGAGCCUGUGCCGAGUAGAAGUGAUUCCCCCAUUGAAUUGGCCAAUCUCGAUGAGAGCAGCUUCCUGGGACCAGCGGCUAAAGAUGCGCAGGCGUCCCAUCAUCUGCAGCAGGAUCUCAUGCGCAGUCGCUGCGAACUGGCCAAACAGAGUCUCACUCAGACGCAGAAGCUGACCCAGAACCUGAGCAGCAUGUCGCCCAAUCAGCUGCGCCUAUCCCCGAACAGUCCAAACAGUCCCAUGCGCACGGAGCAGUUGCCACCAGCGCCCGCUCUUAAGCUAAUCUCCUCGUGGAAUCUGCCGCACAGCGUGCUCGGCGAGUACAAGAAGAAGGGCGUAGUCCGCAUGUUUGACUGGCAGGUCGAGUGCCUCAGCAAGCCGAGCGUGCUCUUCGAGCAUCGCAACCUGGUCUAUUCGGCUCCUACGUCCGCGGGCAAGACGCUCGUCAGCGAGAUCCUCCUCCUAAAGACCGUGCUGGAACGCCGGAAGAAGGUGCUGCUUAUACUGCCGUUCAUAUCGGUGGUGCGCGAGAAGAUGUUCUACCUGCAGGAUCUGCUCACGCCCGCCGGCUACCGUGUGGAGGGUUUCUUUGGGGGCUACACGCCGCCCGGCGGCUUCGAAAGCAUCCACGUGGCCAUCUGCACGAUCGAGAAGGCCAAUUCGAUUGUCAACAAGCUGCUGGAGCAGGCCAAACUGGAUGAACUGGGCACCGUGAUCGUUGACGAGGUGCACCUGAUCUCCGAUCCAGGACGCGGUUACAUCCUCGAGCUGCUGCUCGCCAAGAUUCUGUACAUGUCGCGCAGGCAGGCGCUGCAAAUCCAGGUGAUCACCAUGUCCGCUACGUUGGCCAACGUGGAGCUGCUGCAGCGCUGGCUCAGCGCCGAGCUCUACGUGACCGACUAUCGCCCGGUGGCGCUGCAGGAGAUGAUCAAGGUGGGCACCAAGAUCUAUGACAAUCAGCUGCGUUUUCUGCGAGAUGUCAGCCGCAACGCGGAGCUCCCCGGAUUGGCCAACGACAGCGACCAGGUGGCGCAGCUGUGCAUCGAGACGCUGCUGGAGGGCUGCUCCGUUGUCGUCUUUUGUCCCUCCAAAGAUUGGUGCGAGAACCUGGCCGUGCAGCUGGCCACGGCGAUGCACGCGCUUAUCAAAUCCGACAGCCAGCUGGCCCAGAAGCUGCGCGGGCAGCUGAACCGGGAAGCGCUCGAUGAUGUGAAGCGGCAGCUGCGCGACAUACCCACAGGUCUCGACUCGGUCAUGUCCAAGGCGAUUAGCUACGCGUGCGCCUUCCAUCACGCCGGCCUCACCACGGAGGAGCGCGACAUUGUUGAGGCCAGCUUCAAGGCGGGCGCCCUCAAGGUCAUCGUGGCCACCAGCACGCUCAGCUCGGGCGUCAAUCUGCCCGCUCGCCGCGUGCUCAUCCGCUCGCCCUUGUUUGGCGGCAAGCCGAUGAGCUCCUUGACGUACAGGCAAAUGAUUGGCCGUGCCGGACGCACGGGUAGGGAUACACUCGGCGAAUCCAUACUCAUUUGCAGCGAGAGCAAUGCGCGCAUCGGCCGGGAACUGGUCACCGCGCAGCUGAAGCCCAUUAGAUCCUGCCUGGAUCUCGAUGGCAGCACACAUCUAAAACGCGCGCUGCUCGAGGUGAUCUCGUCGGGUGUGGCCAGCACGCGGCAGGACAUCGAUAGCUUCUUCAAUUGCACGCUGCUCAGUGCGCAAAGUAGAGGCGAGCAGGAGGAGGAGCACGAUCCGGAGGCUGUUGACCAUUACAUAAGCGAUGCCCUGGACUUCCUCAUCGAGUACGAGUUUAUACGCCUGCAAACGGACGAGGAGGCGGAGACGGAGAACUAUAUGGCCACACGGCUGGGCGCCGCCUGCCUGGCCUCCUCCAUGCCGCCAACGGACGGGCUAAUACUCUUCGCCGAGCUACAAAAGUCGCGACGUUGCUUUGUGCUCGAGUCGGAGUUGCAUGCGGUUUAUCUGGUGACGCCGUAUUCCGUGUGUUAUCAGCUGCAGGAGGUCGACUGGCUGCUCUAUCUGGACAUGUGGGAGAAGCUAAGUCCCGCCAUGAAGAAAGUGGGCGAGCUGGUCGGCGUCAAGGAGGCGUUCCUGGUGCGCGCCAUGCGCGGCCAGGCCAAGCUGGACUACAAGCUGAUGCAGAUACACAAGCGCUUCUACACGGCGCUGGCACUGCAGGAGCUGGUCAACGAAACGCCCAUCAAUGUGGUCGCCCACAAGUUCAAGUGCCAGCGCGGCAUGCUCCAAGGUCUGCAGCAGAUGGCCUCCACCUUUGCGGGCAUUGUGACCGCCUUUUGCAACUCCUUGCAAUGGUCCACGCUCUCGCUUGUUGUGUCCCAGUUCAAGGAUCGCCUCUACUUUGGCAUUCAUCGCGACCUGAUCGAUCUGAUGCGUCUGCCCGAUCUUAGCCACAAGCGUGCGCGUGCCCUGCACGAUGCGGGCAUCACAAGCCUCGUCGAGUUGGCCGGCGCCAAUGUCCUGGCCGUCGAGAAGGUGCUCUACAAUUCCCUCAGCUUCGAUUUGUCCAAGCAGCACGAGCACGAAAAUGCUCUGGAGGCGGCACAGCGCAAUACGGCCCGAAACUUCUUCAUCACGGGCAAGGCAGGCAUGACCGUCGCCGAGGCAGCCAGGAUGCUCCUCCACGAAGCGCGUCAGUUUGUCCAAUAUGAGAUUGGGGUGGGCAACAUCCAAUGGUCGCAAGAGGAGGGCGCCACAGACCCAGUGAAGGGGGUUGAUAAUCUGCAUAUGUCCCUCGAGGAGGCGCAACCGCAAGGCAAGCUCGAGGAUCUGCACAUGUCCGUCGAGGAGGCGCAGCCGCAAGGCAAAGUCGAGGAUCUCCUCGAGGAGGCGCAGCUUCAAGGCUCCCAACGCAAGCGCAAGACACCCGACAGCGCGGAGCAGCCAUUGCCAUCCAAGUUGCGCAAGCUUGAUCAGAACAAAUCACAGCUAAAAACGACAAACAGUGGAUUAAUAAGAACAAACCCCAAGGAUCCCAUGCAAGUAGAAGAAAUAGUAAAAGAACCUAGUCCAACGGUGACUCCAAACGUCGGGAUGGUGCUCUACUCGAAGCAACAAUCAAACACUGUCCAGCCACAACCGGCAGAGAGUGGAAUACUAAGAAAUCCUAGAAAUCCAGUGAAAGUAAAAGAAAUAGUAAAAGAACCAAGUCCAAAGCUGACUCCAAAAGUCGCGAACUCCAAGCAAGAAUCAAGCCAAUAUCAGCCAAAGCCGGCGGAGAGUGGAGUUAUAAGGAGAAAUACCAAGGAUCCAGUGCAAGGAGAAGGAAAAGUAAAAGAACCUAGUUCUAAGCUGACUCGACAACCCCUUGCCGAGCGGAAUCAGCCGAGCUCAGGGAGCUCAUCCAAUUGCCAGCUCGCGGAGAAGCCUAGCACAAGCGCGGCUUGCCGCAAGGAGUUGCUCCGGAAGGAGAUCGAGGAGCGUCGUCUCGUGGCCGUGAUGAAAAUCAACAAGAGGCGCGCCGAAAUGGAGAACGUGCGCCAAGGAUUGCCCAGGAAUGCGCCGGCGGAUACGUCAGCUGGUCAAACGCCGCCCACAAAAAUGGGCGGCACAAAGGAGAACAUAACCAGGAGCUUUAAGACGCCCACAUUGAUCAGUUCAGCGACCACACCCACGCAGUUGCCUCGACGCAGUCCACGGAAUCAUGGAGGAUCAGCAGCUGCCGUGGAGCAGGAGCUGUUCGCCGGAGACGAUGACGGCGAUGACUCCUUCAUGCUCAACACGGGCCUGACGGCAGCGCUGACGGCCGCCGAAAGCAAAGCUCUGCCGGAUGCCGACGAGAUACCCAGCUCACAGCCCAAGGAAUCGCCAGAGCAGCUGCCUCGCGGAGCUCUAACGCCGCAUGCUUCCCGUCUGAUGCUGCGCUCACAGCGCAGGCAGAGUCCCAAGACGGCGACCCGGCCGGAAGUGAAGCUGGAACCGGCUCCCACAUCAACUGGCGCCUGCUCCAUGGAGUUUUCCGAUUUGUCGCUGGAGAACUCGCUGAUGAAGCAUCCGCUGCAGCUGAAUGCCUCGCAUAUACUCAGCUGCUCCAAAACGGAGGACGACAAUGCGUCCAGUUUCAGCAGCAUUGACAUCGUGGACAUCUGUGGCAAUAGGCAGCUCUUUCAGCUAGCCUCCAAAGAGCUGCACGCGGCCAAUCGUUGCGGCUUCAGUAUUGGCCUCCAGGCGCAGGCGGGCCGAAGAAAGCCACUGAUUGGCGCCAAUCUCCUAAUCAACCAGGUGGCGGCGGCCGCUCAACGUAAGGCUGCUGCGGGCCAAAAGCUGCUCUACCAGGUGGACGAUGGCGCCUAUCUGGCCGGGAUAGCCUUCUGCCUGAGCGACAACGUGGCUUUCUACAUGAACAUGCAGGCAGAGGAGGAGUUGGAGCAGCAGCCGGUCAGCACGGAGCAGAAAGUCGAGUUAUUGUGCAGCUUGUUGAGCCGCCCGGAGCUGACGCUGCUCAUCCACGACGGCAAGGAUCAGCUAAAGGCGCUGCGUCAAGCGCUGCCGCAGCUGAAGGGCAUGCAGGUUAAGCUGGAGGAUCCCAAGGUGGGCAACUGGCUUCUGCAGCCGGACAAGACGCUAAGCUUCCAAAACAUGUGCCAGCAAUUCGCGCCGGAGUGCACGGCUCUCUCCCAUUUGUGCGGCAGCGGGCGCGGCUACAGCAGCUACGGCUUGGAUGCCAGCAGCGCCAUUCUGGGCAAGGUGCGCGCCUCCAUCGAGGCGUGCCUCAGUGUGCACAUACUGAACGGGCAGCUGGAAAAUCUGGAAAGGAUUGGCACCGGGCAGCUCCUUAAGUUCUUCAGAGAACUGGAGAUGCCCAUCCAGAUGUCGCUGUGCAACAUGGAAUGCCUUGGGUUUCCGGCCCAGGAGCAGCGUUUGCAGCGUCUCCUUCAGCAGAUGCUGGCCACCAUGAAGAAGCUGGAGGUGAAGAUCUUUGAACUGCACGGCUCGCGCUUCAAUCUGGGCUCCACACAGGCUGUGGCAAAGGUGCUGGGACUACAUCGCAAGGCUAACGGACGCAUCAGCACAUCCCGCCAGAUACUCGAGAAGCUGGACUCGCCCAUAUCGCAGCUGAUCCUCGACCACCGAAAGCUGAGCAUGGUGCUAGCGAAGAACAUGCAGCCACUGCUCAAGUGCUGCCAGGCGAAUCGUGUGCACGGCCAGAGCAUCACCUAUACGGCCACCGGACGCAUUUCCAUGUCGGAGCCGAAUCUGCAAAAUGUCGCCAAGGACUUUCUGGUCGAUUUGGGGCAGGAGAAGAUUAACAUAUCCUGUCGCAGCGCAUUUGUGUCGUCGAACGAGAAGCAUUGCCUGCUUUCGGCAGACUUUUGUCAGCUGGAGAUGCGCAUCUUGGCGCAUCUGUCGCAGGACAAGGCGCUGCUCAAGGUGAUGAACUCUCCGCAAGAUCUGUUUACGGCCAUUGCGGCGCACUGGAACAAAAUAGCCGAGUCGGAUGUUUCCGAGCAGCUGCGCAACGGCACCAAACAGAUAUGCUAUGGGAUUGUCUAUGGCAUGGGCAUGCGCAGCUUGGCGGAAUCCCUCAAAUGCACGGAACAGGAGGCACAAAUGAUUUCCGAACAGUUCCAUUUGGCUUACGCAGGCAUCAAAGCUUACGCCUCGAAGGUGGUCAAGUUUGCACGCAACAAUGGUUACGUGGAGACCAUAACCGGGCGGAGACGCUAUCUGGAUCACAUCAACAGCGGCGAGCCGCAGCUCAAGAAUCAAGCCGAGCGCCAGGCCAUCAACUCGACCAUACAAGGCUCCGCCGCCGACAUAGCCAAGAGCGCCAUUCUGCGCAUGGAGAAGAACAUCGCGCGUUAUCGCGAGAAGCUGGGCUUAGCCGAAAAUGCCGUCAACCUGGUGUUGCAUCUGCAUGAUGAGCUCAUCUUCGAGGUGCCCGCGGACAAGGCGAAAAAGGUGGCCAAGGUCCUAAGUCUCACGAUGGAAAACUGCGUCAAACUAAAUGUGCCGCUGCGCGUGAAGCUGAAAAUAGGACGCAGCUGGGGCGAGCUCCAGGAGGUUAAAGUUUAGGCUUAAAUGUUGGCAUAUAGGGUAACAAAUUUCACAAAUGAUUUUUAUUAGAAUUAUUUCUUGUUUUAGCCUAAUUUAUUGGGCCUGCUUUUGCUCCCAUUCGGUCCACGAGCCGGCAUAGGCCUUAGCGCUGUAAUAAAUGUUGUUUUAAUAAA